AUGGAGCUACAGUACUUGUCUUCGCUUCAGGCAAGCUCGUACCAUCAUACUGCCUAUGGACAAGACGUCUACUCUCUUAACGCUGCCCCCGCGCACUAUGGUGAAUUUUUCAAGGCCAUCAAGACAUCCCCUUCCAAGUGCGACGGAACCAAGAACUCACCGAGUGAAUUGCAAAGCAGUAGAAGGCUGCAGGACAACGGUGAUCUCUUCACUACCCCAGCCAUAGUUUAUCAGUACGACAUGCCUCUUACAGAGUUCAACAUUAUCAUAUAUAUUCUCUUCCGGACUCAGAAUCGGUCACAUUGCUGGUCUGGUCUUGCACCUCAUACUUCUUCCCGCGCAAACACUUCCAGCAUGACUGAAAACGAUGCCGAAUCCAAGGUUAGAGGACUGGCCAGCGAGAUCCAGCUCAACAUCAAGGGAGCCGAUCUGGGAGAGGACGAUGCAGUAGGAUCAAGAAUCUACAGCUCAAGCUCCACGCCAGCCAUCCACGGAGCACAAUUCCUUAAGAAUGGACCCAACGGAUUCCACGCCCUCGAAGAUGGGACCGUUGUUGUGAACGACAAGAGCGUGGCGCUAAAGAGGGCAGCGAGAAUUCUCCAGAGUCACAUUUGUGACCACCGGCUUCAUAAAGAUGAAGAAGACUCUCAGGAUCUCGAUUAG